AUUAUGAGGCCGAAGAAGAAGGUCGGAAACCAACUAUGGAACGUCCGCUCAACAACGAAACAUAUGCGGCAUUCAAGAGUGGCAACGUAAUCAAAGGUAUUCUGUGUCCCUCCUUGACGAACUCCUUCAAACAAAGCUCACUGGAGAGGGCCUAUUUAACAUACACCCAUCGCCAGCGUCAGAAAUCUUUGAUCAUUGUGAACCUUGUGGAUUUCAUCCUCAAAAUUGUCCUGGCCAUGAUCUGGUUUCUCAAAGAAGCUGAAACCAAAGUCGAGGUGGAGGUUAACGUUGCCACAGCCAUAACAUGGUCCGUGUGCUGUGCCCUGUCGAACAUGUCCAUUUGUUUUCUUGGCUAUUGGCGGUGUUUUGCCAACAACUAUCUUCAUUGGGCCGCUGUCUGUACGUGGAUACUUUUUAACAUUCAAGGAUUCGUGGGUGAAGGAGUGGGAUUUGCCGAUCGGGAGUACCUCAUAUGGUAUAUCCUCUUCGUUAUAUUUGUUCCAUAUGCCAUGCUGCCUCUGCCGCUCAAGUGGUGCGUUGUGGGUGGCACCAUCACAGCGAGUUGUCAUCUUACGGUAAUAACCAUAAUUAAACUACAGAAACACGAAAAAUCCAACUGCAUUGCAUUCCAAAUCUUUGCUAAUUUCAUUCUCUAUUCGGCCAUUAAUGUGGCCGGAAUGUACACAAAAUAUUUGACGGACAGAGGGCAACGCUUGGCGUUCAUUGAAACGCACAAAGCGAUGGAACACAAGAAGGAAUCUGAAAAGGAAUUGCAGAGAACGCAAAAACUAUUGGACUCAAUUUUGCCAAAUAUCGUCAACAAUCAGAUACGCCGCGAAAUGUACAAGGGUACCGAUCCAAAUGUCGAGACACAAUUCAACAAACUCUACGUCUAUCCCAUGGACAAUGUGAGCAUUCUGUUUGCCGACAUCAAGGGCUUUACAGAAUUGGCGAGCAAAACUUCGGCCCAACAACUGGUUAAAAUACUAAAUGACCUUUUUGCACGAUUCGAUAGAAUAGCUGAGGAUAAUCAUUGUUUGCGAGUCAAGCUACUGGGUGAUUGCUACUAUUGUGUCUCACAAUUUGAAAGUGAUAACUGGAAAACACGUCCAGAUCAUGCCGUCUGCAGUGUUGAGACUGGCCUGCACAUGAUAAAGGCCAUCAAGGAUGUUCAAUUGCAUACACAUGUUGAUCUCAACAUGAGAAUCGGUAUUCAUAGUGGCUCUGUAAUGUGCGGUGUACUGGGCAAUAAAAAAUGGCAUUUCGAUGUUUGGUCCAACGAUGUUAUCAUUGCAAAUCACAUGGAAUCGGGUGGAAUACCUGGGCGCGUACACAUAUCGGAAGCCACCCUCAAGUGCCUCAAUGAUGCCUAUGAAGUGGAGCCAGGCAAUGGUGGUAGUCGUGACAACCAUCUGAAAAUGUUAAAUAUUAAAACGUAUUUAAUCAAACGCACUGAACCAUUAAGACCUAAACGUCGAUUUGGCACCCGCAGCAGCCAACAUCUGGCUAAUAACAAUGGCAGCAAUAUGAGUACGCCAACUACAGCUAUGACUCCGACAACUGACACCAAAACACUUGUCCCCAAGUCCAUAUCGACAACCGGUGUUCACAAUGAGCCGUCACAACAACAGCAGCCAUCUCAAUUACCGCCAGCUCUGUCGCGAACCAAUUCCCAGCCACAACAACAGCAAGCCCAGAACCCACCUCACCUCCCUCCGGUUGCUGUGCUGCAAAAGAAAAACAUAUCACUGAGUUCAUUGCCCAAUGUGAUGGAGGGUGUUGCUAUGGGACCAACGGGACCUUCCACGGUAUCAUCGCCGAUAGCUGCCUUGGCCCCAAAAGCGCCGAAUGGCGAUAGUAUUCGUAAUAUUCUGGAGAAUAUAGACCCGCGAUCAAUGAUAACUGAAGAUGAGCCCACAACAGAAUGGACUCCAGAAAUUCCUUUCAAAAAUCUCAACUCACCCAGUGAAGGUGUUAUACGAGCCGAUUCAGUGAUGGGCGAUCCCAGGCAAUGUCAACGGGUAUCUGUAACGCCGCUAGACGAAGAGAUUGAUGAGUUCAUCGAACAAAACAUUCAAAUAAACUCUAACAAGGAAAUUCGAAAAGAAUAUCUCAGUUCGUGGACUCUCAAAUUCAAGGACCGGGAACAGGAAUUGAAAUUCUGCCAACUGCGUGAAGACAUGUUCCGAUCCAACAUGCUCUGCGUUUUUGUGAUAUGGAUAUUUAUUGUAUUGUGUCAAAUUAUCAUCAUACCGCGUUGUACGAACCUAGUUAUCUGUUUGGCGAUCGGUACGAUCGUUUUAACAUUUAGCUGCAUACUAGUCAUGGCAGAGGAAUUUUCCGGUCUACCCACCAUACUGAAACGCAAUUCCGCCAAGUUGGUACACCAGCGCCAACGUCGAACUUAUUUUAUUUGUGCGGUUAUUGUUCUAAUCACAGUUCUAAGUGCCAUUGGUCUUAUUCUGUGCCCAUCAUCGGCCUAUUUUGACGGCAUUCCCAACACCGAUGAAGGCAAUGAACGUUCCAUUCUGAGCAGUAGCUUGAAGGCGGCAGCGCCCGAUGGUAGUAGUGCCACAUCACUUGGCAAUGGCGAAAAGGAGAUCAAAGUAAAUGUUUAUCUUUCGGCCACCAUACACCACAACAUUACAAUAAACGCAGCCAACGGGGCCGGGGCCAUUGUGGACACCAAUGCCUUCUUGGCCGACAAUUUGGCAAAUGCCUCGACCAAUGACUUUGUUCGACGCAGUAUUGUGAACGUUCUUAAUCUGACCCAAAGUAAUGCCAUCGGUCUCUUUAACAAUUCAAUGGAAUCCUUUGAAUCAUCUCAUCGUUCAUUGGUACUUGGUGGUCAGCGAACGGAUGACACCAACAGCAGUUUCAUCAAUAACAACAGUAUGAUCACCGAUUCCAAUUACACUGUGAUCUACAUAGACCCAUCCAAUGUGGAUUCGGUGGAGUGUGCCCACCCCGAAUAUAUUGUGUUUACAUGGAUUCUCUGCCUAGUUUCACUGGCAACAGCGCUCAAACUUUACUAUUUGGUCAAGGUUAUUAUGGCCGUUUGUAUGGUGGCGUUCUACACCACCCUCAUACAAUUGGUGUUUCCACGGAUCUACACCAAAGAACUGAUUGAAUUGGAACAAUCGCGGUUGGGAAUGCCAUUAGGUGUGCAAAUGUUGAUACUGUUGGCAUCAUUCUUGGUAAUGGUGUGUUACCAUGCACGUUUGGUGGAGGUUACAUCACGCUUGGAUUUUAUCUGGAAAGAACAAGCCGAAAGAGAAUUAAUCAAUAUGAAAUCGAAUCGAGCUUUAAAUGACACUUUAAUUAAGAAUAUCCUACCGGAUCAUGUGGCCGAAUACUAUCUAUCGGAUGAACACACCGACGAGCUAUAUUCCAACAAUCACAACUUGUGUGGCGUAAUGUUUGCAUCCAUUCCAAAUUUCCAAGAUUUCUAUUCGGAGGAUAUCGACAAUGGAAAGGCAUGCAUACGAAUCCUGAAUGAAAUUAUUUGUGACUUUGAUGAGCUGUUGGAGGAGCCACGAUUCGCCUCAAUUGAAAAAAUUAAAACGGUUGGUGCAACAUAUAUGGCAGCUUCCGGUCUUAAUGCCGAUCGCUUAAGGGAUCGCGGUGAGACCUCUGAGGAUAGUGUCUGCAGCUUGGUUGAAUUUGCCUUUGCAAUGAAGCAAAAAUUGGAGGAUAUCAACAAGGAGGCUUUCAACAAUUUCCAACUACGAGUGGGAAUUUGUAGUGGUUCGCUGGUCAGUGGUGUUAUUGGUGCCCGUAAGCCAGUCUAUGACAUUUGGGGCAAUACGGUAAACGUGGCGUCACGCAUGGAUUCUACGGGAGAAAACUGGCGCAUUCAAGUGCCGGAAAGCACGGCCGAAUUGCUCAAAGAAAAGGGCUACACUUGUGUGAAGCGAGGAGACAUCAACGUGAAGGGCAAAGGAAUAAUGACAACAUAUUUCGUCCAUCCUCGCGGUGUGUCCGAGAGUCAAUUACCCUCACCGGUCCAUAUGCCUGCCGGUGUUCCCAUGACACAAACUCCCAACUUGCAGCGUCAAACAUCACAUCAUGGUUCCUUCAGCGCUGUAGUGUUUGGAAUGCUCCAGGCAUCCAAGCGGAGCACAAACUUAGCCGGAACUCCUACUGGGACACCCUCGCCACAAAUACGCCGUGGCCAUAGGGGCAGCACAUUUAGUUCAGUCCGACUUUCGCAAAAGGCCACUGUCAACAACCCAGUCAGGCGUAAUACGACACGAGUUCGAGGACGUUCUUACCGUCAGAAAAAGAGUUCCUCAAAUAAUUCCAUUGUUACUCAGACAAGUGGUUCGUAUGUGCCAUCAUUUCGACGCAUCGAUCAAAUCGAGACAUCUCUUUCAAAAAGUCACAAUGAUGCCUUAUAGCCCCAACGUAACUGGUU